AUGUCUCAUAUGGGCACUCCUCCUAAUACAUACACAUGUUCAACAGUCAUCAAUGGGUUGUGCAAAGAUGGACAGGUAGAUCGUGCUCUUCAAUUAAAAGACAUUAUGAUCAAUAAAUGGAACUCCAAGCCUGAUGCUGUUGCAUACAGUACAAUAAUGGAUGCUUUCUUCAAAAGAGGUAUGGUUGACAAAGCUUUGCAUGUAUUCUCUGAAAUGCAGAAGGAUUCCAAUGUUAUUGUGGAUAUAGUUGUGCUCAACACCAUACUCAGUGGCCUUUGCAAUGCACAGCGAUUUAAUGAAGCCGACAGAGUCUUCGAGGAGAUGGCUAUCCCUCCGAGUGUAAGAAGUUUCAACAUUAUGAUUUAUGGGUACUGUUUGCAUGGCCAUCAUGAGAAAUCAAGAAGUUACUUUGAUCGAAUGAUGGAUCGAGGUCUUGUACCUGAUACAAUCACUUUCAACAUAUUGAUUGAUUCCCAUUGUAAGGAUGGGAUGGUAAAUGAUUCAUGGAAACUGUUCAGGCUGAUGGAAAAAUUGAAAGUUAAGCAAGAUGAAAUCACUUAUGGAUCCAUGAUUGAUGGGCUGUGUCUGGUGGGAAGAGUGCAAGAUGCAGCAAAGCUCUUCGAAUCAAUGAAGGAAAAAGGUAUCAAACCGAAUGUGGUCAUUUGUAACAUCCUAAUAGAUGGCUACUGUAAGCACGGUGGAGUCGGUGAUGCUUAA